AUAUCCCAUUUGAAGGGCAUCUAAAGUCACACACCGGUUGAGGGCAGAAACUUUGUGAAGUUCAGAGUGCACUGCCAACAGAGUGAGGAUGUUUUUUACUCAAGAGUCUGUGCAGUCAGUCACCCUGCUAGAUGUGCAGCAGAGAGAGUUGCUUACAGUCGACGAGGGCCAGAUUGUUGUUCACAGUGAAGUGACAGGGAAGGAUGUUAUGAGACGCACGCUACCAUCGUGUGACGAGCAUGUGUUGUUUAUUUAGGUAGAGCAGAGCAGUCACUGUCUCGUUCGGUUUGGCAUACAGUGUAUCAUUACAUUUACCCUGAUUGUUGUGCACUGCAAAGGGAUAGCAGGGGAGCUUCAGUUUCACGACAAAACUGAGAACUUUCAAGAUGAACGUUUACUGGAUACCCACGAUCCUCCUCUCCCUCUCCAGUGCUGCCAACGUGAUAAGCUCCCACUACUGUAACGACAAGCUCAGAACGUUCUAUGUGGUCCAUGUGUCUGUCAACGGCAUUGCAUCGGUCAGAUGCCCCAACCUGACAGGCAAGGACAAGGAGGAGAUGAGAUUCCACCUUUACCUGGGCUUGGUCGAGGUUGGCAACCACACUCACGACAGUGCUCACAACCACAACUCCACAGAGACCGUGAGUCCUGUUGGGAAGGGUCUGGGGCUGAGGGUGAACAAUCAGGACCAUACGGUCAGUUUUGUCCUCUCUGGAAUGACCACGGAGCGCGCUGGAGUCUAUACCUGUGAGGGGCACCCCAUGUACCCACCUCCCAUUGAGAAAGUACCAGACGAGCCUCAGACCUUGGUCCUGGUUGAAGCAUACCAGUGCCAGGCAGGAAAGACUGUGGGAUGUGUAGAACCUAGAGUGCAUGGUGUCCCUGUUUGGGCAUGGGUGCUGGGGUUCUGGGUCACCACCAUCUAUGGCCUGGUUGUCACGGUCAUCGCCUUUGUCAUCUGGCUCAGACUGAGGAGAGUGGAGUGUUCCCAGAGCGACUACAUGAACACCAAACCCAAAGCUCCACUCAGGGGACCCAGGAAGAAGCACGGGGUCCAGCAUCCAAUCCGAAUGGGACGAUACUGAUCAGUCAUCCUCAGAUCAGUCAUUCUCAGACAAAAGCUACACGAGAGUUGAGCCUUUAUUGGCCAUUGAGAGCUGACUGGAGAAACAGACCAAGUUCUUGAUGUAAAUACGAAAGCUAGCUCUUCAAAUGACGAGGUGUACAUCUAAAUUGUACAUCUGAUUGCGUGCAAAUAAAGAUUUGAGUUAUCUUAUAAAUGUUGAUCAAAUAAUUAUAGUCUGAUUUAAUAUGAUCUUCUGGGAAACUAUUGAGAAUGGAGUCUUAGUUGUGGGCAUUAUACUAUAUAAAACAAUAUCGCCUUGCAUACUGAUCGAACGCCCACGCCCACACACACGAAUGGGUUAAGCGUACAGACACAGGGAUAUCAUAUCUGAUUUGUAGUGGGUAAGUAGUGAAGAGGAAGACCCUAGCUCUGUGGUGAAUGGGUCUCACAGGAAACAGCGGUUUCCGAAUAUGAGGGGACUGAACCACAUUUUCACUCUCUGAGAGGCACUGAUUGUCAUGUACAGUUUAUGUAUCAAAAUAAGGGACUGCCUUACAUUGAAACUGGCACACGGAAUUACAAAUCCCUACUUGUCCUUUUAAUGGACUAAUUCUUUGUUACUGUACUUAAGUAGUUUUCUUUUUAUCUAAUCAAGCUGGUGCUUCAAAUCGAGCAUUCCCAAGCUACAGGCCUCUCUCAACUGUUUCAGUGUAUUGCAAUAUUUUAGUUUUAACCAUUGUUUACAGAUUUUUAUAGAACAACUUACAACUCGUCAUUUAACUCAGCCACAAGGAAAUGUUGAAAUACAAAAAAACUGCUGUAAUGACUAAAACAAAAAAAACCACACCUAGCAUAAUUUCCUGUCUGCUGUUUCCUUGGAGGCUUGUGUUUUGUGCCAUUGUGCACGAGAGUAUGCAUAAGAGGGACUGCACCUUGAUGUUGUGCACCUUGCAGUUUCUAUGUAGUUAGGGCAAACGCAUUAAACCAGCAGACUAUGAGGGCUGUACAGGUUUCAUGUCACAAUGAAACAGUAGCUACAUCCCAAAUGGAAACCUUUUCUCUUUAUAGUGCACUACUUUUACAUUAUACAUUACCUAUACUGUAUGUAUUCCUGCAUUCGUGAAGGAUUCAGACCCCUUGACUUUUUCCAAAUGUUGGUACAUUACAGCCUUAUUCUAAAAUUGAUUAAAUUGUUUUUUUCUCCUCAUCAAUCUACACCACAAUACCUUGUACCUGAGUUUAGACAUUUUUGCAAAUGUAUAAAAAAAUAAACUGAAAAUCAAAUCAAAUCCAA